AUGAGGUCCAGCCUCUCGCUGCUGUGCUCUCUGCUGCUCAUCUCGCACACGUCCGCGGCCAUCAUCACUGGGGCCUGUGAGCGGGACUCCCAGUGCGGCGGAGGCAUGUGCUGCGCAGUCAGCCUGUGGAUCAGGAGCCUGCGUAUGUGUACCCCCAUGGGGCAGGAGGGGGAGGACUGUCAUCCCCUGAGCCACAAAGUGCCCUUCUUCGGCAAAAGACUUCACCACACGUGUCCCUGUUUACCAAACCUGGCGUGCGUCACGACGGAGGAGGGCAAAUCCAAGUGUUUGCCCCUGUACAAGUACCAAGACUACUACCUGUAA